AUGUCGGCGUCACAAUAUCCGCUCCAUUCGCCAUCGCCUCUAGACCGACUCGCCGGGUCGUAUGUUGAACUCGACGACCUGAAAUGGCCCGUGGACGACAAAGAUGCAGCAUGUCCAAGGAGUUCACAGCCGCCGCUACAUAAUGCUCCGGCUGGAGGUCAAGAGAGGCCUGAUGUCCGACAGGAUGAUGACAGUGGCUGGUGGAUGUUCGAACUCUUCGCUUGGGUCGUGAGUAUCAUCGCUCUCACUAUUAUAGUCGUGACGAUUGCGAUCACGGACGGGAAACCACUGCCUCGUUGGCCUCUGGAUAUCACGCUCAACUCAUUUGUUUCUUUCAUGUCUACAAUCAUGAAGGCAGCGUUGAUCAUCCCGGUCGCCGAAGGGAUCAGCCAAUUGAAGUGGUUGUGGUUCAAGAGAGCCGGUGCCGUGGGCGACGUGCAGACGUUUGACGAAGCGAGUCGAGGCUCCUGGGGUAGCAUGAAGUUGAUCUUCGCAACUCGAGGCGUACAUUUAGCGAAGCUGGGCGCGUUCAUAACCAUCGUGGCCUUGGGCGUUGACCCGUUUAUUCAACAGGUCAUCACAUACCCGAGCCGCAACGUCGCUUCGACAAGUCAAUAUGGCUCAGUACCGGUCGUCCAAAGUUACAUGGACUACGCAUAUGGAGCCAUCAUGGCACUUAGAGAACCCACCCUUGCUAUGAAAGCCGCCAUCAACAACGGACUUUACGACACUAACAAUGAUCCGCAGGACGAUUUUGCCGUAUCGAUAAGCUGCGCGACGGGGGACUGCACCUGGCCGGAUACUUACUACUCGCUCGCAGUCUGUUACAAGUGUGCCAACACCACCUUGCUCAUCAACAAGAACUGCACCGAUGUGGAUGAGCCUUGGGGCUACUGCGAGUACUCGCUACCGAACGGGCUCUACUUCGACGGCUCGCAGCGCGGGAGGCUGUACAUGAACUCCACAGGAGGUCUUCCGACUAUCAACUUCAACAACACACAGUCGACCAUUUCGUCUAUUUCCACGAUGCGAGGUAUUCAUGAUCUCUCUUCGACCACGCUGCUCGAGGUUGUCUCGAAUGAAUGCGUGCUUUACUUUUGUGUAAACGAAUACAGCGCCGUCGUCAAGGACAGCGAGUUCACAGAGACGAUAGUUGCAACUUACGUCAACAAAACCGAUCCCGUAGUUGGUGAAAACAUCACGAUUGCAGCCCCAAAAUCCAAUCAAACGUUUACCGUUGGAGCCACGGCCUGGUAUGCGCUUAGUUUGCACUUCUCGAUUUUUUGGACCGGCAACGUCACAGGAGCAACAGGCGAGAUAUCCACGUCCCGAUCCGACGAUGUCCUUACCGCACUCUACCAACUCGGAGACGACGAGUCCGGCACCGGGGCGCAGAAAUUAGGCGGCGAGAACGACACCAUUGCCGCGGUGGCCGCCAGCAUGACCCGGAUCCUGCGAGGGAGCAGCGCGAAAAUCAACAACGAGACCUGUAGCAUCAAUAACUCAACGUCUGGAUUGGCGUGCGGCACCGUCUGGAUGGUAGAGACAUAUGUCCAUGUGCGAUGGCCGUGGAUGGUGCUGCCUAUCGCGCUCGAGGGCCUUGCGCUUGUGUUCUUGGUUUGUACGAUUAUCAAGAGUAAGAGUAGCGGGGUUGCGCUUUGGAAGAGCUCGACGUUGCCGCUGCUGCAGGGGAAACUGAGAGAUGCGCAGGAUGUGUGGACUCAGAGGAGAUAG